AUGUCAUCAACAGCACAACAAUUCCAACCACCACUAAUUUCACGUGAAUCAGCUGAUAACGAUGUUCCGAUCGGUUCACGUAAAGUGUUCACCUGUAAUGCUAUUGGUUAUCCGCCCCCAACUUACUUAUGGUUGAAAGAUUGGAAAAAUUUGACGCAAAAUUAUUCAUCAGCAAGUUAUUAUGAAAUACAAUCAACAACCAAACAUGAUCAAGGAUAUUAUCGAUGUUUAGCAAAAAAUGAUGUUGGUGUUGUUUCGAGUAAAGCGGCUAAAUUAACUGUAUGGUAUUUCGAUGGUUAUGAGCAACAACCAUUAGAUCAAGUGGUUAACGUGAAUGAGAAUGAUGCAGCUAUAUUUAAUUUGCCUGACAUUAGUUCAUCACCUGAGCCUACCAUACAAUGGUACUCACGUGAUAUUUACAAGAAAACAACUGGACAAAAAAUUGUUAUGAAUGAAAAAUAUUUUAUUACAUCGAAACAUAAUCUAAUUAUAUUGUCGGCUAAUUAUGAUGAUGAAAAAAUGUAUUAUGCAACAAUAGAAAAUAUAUUUGCUGGAGGUUCUAAACAGUCGCCCGCCUAUCGAUUAGAAGUUAAUAGGCGAAAAUUUUACGCAACUAAUGAUGCACCUGUUAUUAUUGUAAAACCAUCUGAUCAAAUAGCGAUUGUUGGAGAUCCAUUAAAAACGUUUGAAUGUGUUCCGAAUGCUGCUUCACGGGAACAAAUCGAAAUCUUAUGGCAAAAAGACGAAAAAUUUAUCGAUUCAACAUUUGGCCGAUAUCAUAUUGGAAUUUAUAAUCGAACAUUAGAAAUCAGAAGUGUGAGUUUAGAAGAUGCAGGCAACUACACAUGUUUGGUUAGACUAAAAAAUACGUUAGUGUUUACAAAUGCAAGUGCUCAACUCGUUGUUCAAGUUGUACCAAUGAUCAUAACGCCUUUUCCCGCCAUUCAUGAAGUGGAUUUACAAGAUGAUAUUACACUAAGGUGUGGUGGCACACCCUCGUCAAUAGUUAAUGUAACUUGGUAUAAAAAUGCAGUGCAAUUAACAAAUGAAUCAUCACGCAUUCAGCUUCAAAAUAAUUCAUUAAUAUUGUAUCAGAUUGAACGCAAUGAUGAAGGAAUGUAUCAGUGUUUUUUAACAAAUACAGUUGGAGAAGAUGCACGAUCAACAUGGCUAAAGAUAAAAAGUGAACAACCAACAGUUAUUGUGAGCGAUGAUCUAACAGUAUUUAAUGAGAAGGAUAUUACAUUAGCAUGUAAAGUUACCGGCUCUCCCAAACCAACAAUUUCUUGGUUUAAAUUUGACAACACGACCAAGAAAGAGGUUGAACUUAAUGAUCAGAGAUUUCAUAUUGAUCAUCAAAUGGGUAUAUUGUCAAUCGUGAAAACAACUCGUAACGAUUCCGGACAAUACAUGUGUCAAGCAAAAAAUAUACUUGGUGUUGCGAAUUCAACGGUCACAUUACUCGUUCUCAGACGAACAAAAAUUGUGACAAUUCCAAAAGAAAUGACUGUUGUAAAAGGGCAACCAGUGAUUUUAUCUUGUACUAUAUUUCAUGAAACGAAUAUAGAUGUCAAUAUUCAAUGGUCAUUCAAUUACCAACCGAUACCAGUGACAAAAUUAGUCAAUGGUACAGAUAUUCAAAUUGACAUGGCACGAAAUGAAGAUACUGGAAAUUAUACCUGUGAAGUUUUAUCAACAGCUGGAAAUGACACAAAAACUGUACAGUUGAAAGUCAUCGAAUUACCGUAUCCACCAACGUUUGUUCAUGGUAGUGCUAUUAAACAACAAAAUAAAUCUGUUGUUAACGUGACUUGGGUGCCAAACUUUGAUGGAAAUAGUCCAGUAAUACGUUACACCAUUCAAUAUAAAGAAAUUAAUUCAGAAAAUCUUUUAUCUGAUGAUAUCGGUUGGCAAGUUAAGAAAGAAAUACCUAUGAAUGACACAAAAACAUGGACAGUUCUAUCAGGUUUACAUCCGUAUUCAACAUAUCAAUUUCGUUUAUUCGCUACAAACCAUGUCGGAGAAGGACAAACAAGUGAACCAAGUAACAACGUCACAUUACCGGAAGAGCUUCCAAGUGGUGCUCCUCGAUCAGUCGUAGCUACUGCACGUGACUCAACCUCGAUCAUAAUCGAAUGGUCAAAACCAGUUGAAUCGACAAUAAAUGGUUUAUUAACUGGUUAUGAAGUUCAAUAUGCCCUGAAUUAUCCGAAUCUAAAUUGGAAAGUAAUUCAUGUCAAUACAUCCAAACAAGUGCUCAUAUUAAAAGAUUUAAUGACAUGGGAGUCAUAUUCAAUUCGUAUAGCAGUGUCAAAUAAUAUUGGUAUUGGUCCGUUUAGUGAGAUAGUUAAAGUGCGAACAAUGGAAGGCACCCCAAGUAGAGCUCCUAUUAUAAUAAAAUAUCAAUCAUUGAAUUCCACAGGAAUAUAUAUCGAAUGGAAUCCUCCACAGGCGUCUUAUAUCAAUGGAAUCCUUAAUAGUUUCAAGCUUGAAAUAAUUGAUUUAAACCGUAAUACAACAGCUUAUUUCUAUGAAAAAGCAAAACCUAUCGAAACGUAUCAUCUUACAUUGCUCAAUAUGAAAAAAUACACAAAUUAUUCCAUUUGUAUCAAUUCGGCAACAAAAAUUGGAGAAGGUCCAUUGUCAGCACCAGUGUAUAUUAAAACCCUAGAAGAUAUUCCUGAUCAAGUUGAAAAUCUAACAUUUUCAAAUGUUUAUGAUACAUCGCUUGUUGUUAGUUGGCAACCUCCUCUCGAACCAAAUGGUCGUCUAAUUGGCUAUGAAAUUAAAUGUCGUCCCAUGAACGGUAGUAACAACAUUGAUGAAGAAAAUAAAAAUUUAAAUAUCGACGCUAAUGUGACAAUGUAUAAAUUAAAUGGUUUAUCAGCCACAACAUGGUAUACAAUCUCUGUACGAGCUAAAACAUCAAAAGGAUAUGGUUUGAAACGUUCAGCAUCGAUUCAGUCUGGUUUUCCGCCAGAACUGCCAUCACCACCAAAUAAUCUUGAAAUUGUAUCAGUUGAACAACGUACUGUUAUUAUUAAUUUUACACCAGGAUACAAUGGAAAAACAAAUAUUAAUCAGUAUAUUGUAGAAAUUCAAACUGGAAGUAAUAAUUCAAAAUGGAUUGAAAUUGAGUCCAUUACAAUUGAUCAAUCAACAUUAACUAUUUCAAACUUGCAUCCUUAUCGUCUAUAUCGUGUUCGAAUGUAUGCUGUGAAUAUAAAAGGUCGUAGUAAUGUUAGUAUGGCAACGAAAUUUUUUCAAAUGAAGCAAGAUGUACCGUCAAGUGUACCAUUAGUUGUCUUAACUUAUGCUCAAAAUUCAUCAACAAUUCGUGUACGAUGGACGCCAAUUGUAACAAAUGAUUGGAAUUCAUUACCAGGUGGUUACUUACUAUUAAUAAAUGAUACUAAAAUAAAACAGAUAAAAAUUGACGAUCCACUAUGUUCGGAAUAUGAGUUUUAUGAUCUACUUUUUUUUACGUAUUACAAUAUAACGAUUCAUACGUUUAAUCAAGUUGGACUGAGUUCAACAUCAAUUUCAAGUAUUGAACAAACCUUCGAAAAUGUUCCACUUCAACCGCCAUCGAAUAUAAAAAUUGAUGUAUUUAAUUCAUCGUCGGUUAAAAUUUCUUGGACACAAUUAGAAAGCAAAGAUCAAUGUGGAAUUAUUACGAGCUAUAAAAUUGUUUAUUAUGCUAAUUCGAUGUCGGAGAAUAGGACGUACAUUAAUAUUGAUAAUAAUGUUCAAUCCUUUCUGUUAUCGUAUCUAGAUGCUUAUACAAAGUAUUCUUUAUCAAUGGCAGCUUGCACUUCCAUCGGUUGCGGACCAUUUACCUCAGACUUUAGUUUUCAAACAGCAGAAAGCGUUCCAUCAAAACCGACAAAUGUUUUUUUUCCUGACGUAACACAUUGGACAACACGAAUAACAUGGGACAAUCCACUAAAAUCCAAUGGUAUCCUUCUUGGUUAUCGUCUGGUAUAUUGGCGUACAGAUGAUGAAAUAAAUCGAAUUGAAAUAAAUAACAUUACAAAUGAUACACACUUUUAUUUUGUUGACAGUAAGAAUCAAUUGGAUCGUCUGCUGUUCAUGUAG